AUGUCCUUUUCUCUCACAUUACAAACACCCGCCGCGCCCAAGCCUACCGCUCAGCCCUCCCCCUACAAGCUCACCGUCAUCUCCAAGGAGAAGUUGGCUCGCGAGGCCACUGCCCCCGAUCCCAAUCUGCGCCGCUGCGUCGCCCACUUCCGUCUUCACUGUGGAUCUGUCCUGUGGACGGAGAAUGAUAUGAAGUCGCGCAUCAGCUCCUUUGACUUUGAGGAAACAGACGAGGAGGAUAAUGAGGAUGACGAGGACGAUCUGCCGGAGAUUCAGAUCCCGCCCCGAGGGCGCAGUGGCUUUGUGCGCGUCGACGUGACCGAAUCGCCUCUCGACGCCAAAGUUCUCAACACAUACUCGGCCUCGUCACCCCCGCCCGCGCACGGCCUGUUCGCCAACGAGAGCCACUGCGUCGACACAGGCUCGAAUAGCAGCAUGUGCUGCAUCACGGUCUCUGCCGUGGCUGUAUAA